AUGCCUUGCACCACGACUGAUAUUUUCCAGUUACUCUCCUCGGCCCCAGAGGUUUUCUUAAAACCAACGACUUUCUUACAUACAGAAUGGAUAGAAGUGGCAAAGCGCUAUCUCGACCCGCUUGCAUCAGACAUCACUGAAGCUCAGAAAAGACGCCUUCAGCACACGCAUACCCGAAAAGGUGUUGACAGACCUCACCCUUUUCGUUCCCAAACACUACACCUGCAGGAAAUUCAUGCCAAUGGUUUUACAGUGCGCCAGAUCUGGGAACAGGCAAACAGAGUGCUUAAUGUCUCUGCGCAAGAGACCGCUCACGAGCUUGAUUUACUAAAAAAAUCAGAGGCCAACAUCCUCCGUUCCAAAUCCAACUCCCAUAAAAAGGCCCAUGAGACCCAAAAUGGGGACCAUGAUCUCGGGUUUACAUCCGAAGCGGAUGAACUCUCCAACGGCUCCGUUAGUAGCGAUCUAGGUAAUAUCCUGAACGGUGAAAUUACGGAUGAGGAUCGUAGUGGAAAGGAAGAUAGGCCAAUAACGGAGGAUACUGAGGAUGAUGAGGAUGAUAGUCAUCAUUCUAUGUCAAUUGAUGACGACAAACGGGGUCCAGGACGAGAGAAAUGCAAAAAAUCCAUCGGCACGAGCAAUAUCCAAUUUGUUCCUGACCCUCACAAGCUCAAUGACGGAUUCUUUUCGAUCGACAAAUUCAAUGCUGAUACAACUGUAUUUGAACGGAGGGACGCAAAGGGGAUGCGCAGCGACGAUGACAAUGACGAAGAAGCCAUUGAUUGGGGAGCUGAUCCGCUUAUUCUUGGUGUGAUUAGUGGGGAUGGUGAAGAAGAUGAUGCAGACCAGAACAGUGCUAAAGAAGACGACAUUUCAGAUUCCGCGGUUAUGGAUGAGAAUGGCGAUGCGGACGGGGACGAGAUGAGUUUGGUGGGUGGUAAUGCGAAUGACAUAAAAUACGCCGAUUUUUUUGAUCCCCCUCAUUCCCAUGCUCGAAAAGGACGACAAGCCUGCGCCGUGUCAAAAUCAAAAUCACCCACUCCCGAUGAAGAUAUCGAAGCUAGUAUUCGUCGUGCUAUUUACGAUGUACAGCGUGAUCUUCUCGAUGAUGAUCCGCCCGACAACGACGAGGAAAUGGGUGCCCUCUCGCAGCCAAAUAGAGCACCUCAGUCGUCCCAUGAGAAACGGCAAGCCAGUAUCACAGACGAAAUACGACGACUGGAAGCGGCGAAUGUCUCCAAAAGAGAAUGGAUGUUGUCAGGGGAAGCAAAGGCACCGGAUCGGCCAAUAAACUCGCUGAUCGAAGAGGAUAUCGAGUUUGAACGUGUUGGAAAACCUGUACCUGUUAUCUCAAGUCAAGUAUCCAAUGAUAUUGAAACGCUUAUCAAGCGACGUAUAUUAUCUAAGGAGUUUGAUGAAGUCCCGCGUCGCCAACCAUAUAUUCUAGGUAGUGAAGUCCAUCAUAAGCGUGAACAAUUUACGCUUGAUGAGACAAAACCACAGCAAAGUUUAGCGGAACUAUACGAGGAAGAUCACCUCCGAAAAGCGGAUUCUGCCUUUGUGGACCGGAAGAGCGAAAAGUUGAAGGGUGACUACGAAGAGAUUACGCGACUCUGGAGUGGCAUCAGCUCUCAAUUAGAUACACUUGCAAGCUGGCACCACAAGCCAAAACCACCGCAAGCAAACAUUGAUGUCGUCACUGAUGUCGCCACCAUUGCGAUGGAGGAUGCAAGGCCAACGGGUGGAGCAGGAAUAGAUACCUCCGGCAUGCUUGCACCGCAGGAAAUGUAUGCCCCUGGCGAUGAGGGCAAGAUAUGGGGGGAAAUUGCCCUUAAGAACGGGAUGGCAGUGUCUAUUGAAGAGAUGUCGCGGGAAGGCAAGCUGCGACGACGGAGACGCGAGAAGCAAAAACUGAAGAAGAAUUCUUCUCAGCCCGUACGUACUGGAAAACAAGCUGAGAAACAGAAGAUAGUUUCUGACUUGAACAAAGGUGGUGUUAAGGUCAUUGGAAACAAGGGUGAUCUUAAGGAUGUAUACGGCAAUAAGGUGUCUUCUAACGAAUAUAAAGCGCCAGUUAUUUUAAAGCUAUAAUAUUUACAUGACAACUUGAGAUGUUGCAAAAAAAUUAUAAUAUGGCCAUGACCAUACCUCUAGCUAUC